AUGUCUCUCUUACUCAUCCACGGUAAAUGGAACAGCGAUUUACUUCCCACGAACAAUGAACAAAACAAAGUACAGCUGGUCCAUCUAUCGGAAUGUAUUCCUCCUUCUAGUCGAGUUGUGAAAAUGGCUUUCGGAAUUUAUCAAGCAAUAUUUGUGACAGACAACAAUGAAAUUUUCAUCGCUGGAACAAGCCUACCUCGGAAUGAAGCACAAAACCAAUCAUCAUCCAAACCGAAUUUACAAUUUAUUACUCCUUCUGCUCACUUGCCAUCAUUCAACCAUCAAAAUGCGAGUACUUUUCAUUAUUCAUCAUUACAACAUGACAAUUCAUUUCACAAUCAUAGUAUGGAUACUCUCUGCUUCUCACCGACUUGUUACUUUCCAUUCGCUCAAGUCAAUCAUCCAUAUUUAGAACAAUCAUUAAUUUCGAGUCCAUUGAUUGCUUGUGGACCUGAAUUUGGAAUCUUUUCAUUGAGCACUGUAUCGAGAAGAAAUGUUGUAAGAAAUGUUGGACUUCACGGAGGAGCUGUUAAUGGUAACAACAACUCUUCUGUGAGAAGUAAGGAAAUUAAUUCUCGAUCCAAUCCCAAUAUGGAAAAUAAUAUUUCACAUUACAUGUUUACUUUUGGUUGGGAUAGCAAAAAAGUGUUUCAACCAAGUAUUCGAAAUUCUCAUGAUGAAUUUGGAGGAUUAUUGUUACAUCAUUUUCUGAUUGAAGAAGUUCCACAAGAUUUUUCGAAUUUGAAAAUUUCUGAAUUAGUCUGCGGAGGAGAUCAUUGGUUUACAAUCUUUGAGGAUAGAAAGACAGUGAUUGGUAAAGGUUAUAAUGCGUAUUUUCAAUUAGGAUUAGGUCACAAUAAGGAUGUGAAAAAGAUGUGUCAAAUUCCAAUGAUGGAAGGUGUCACGAUCGAGAAGGCAUCUUGUGGAUUGUAUCAUUCUGUAUUCAUUACAAGAAAAGAUGUAUCUUCUCAUCGUUCCAAAAGCACGCUUCAAGUUAUCGUUUGUGGAAACAACCUUGCAGGACAACUUGCUGUGAAAAACCAUUCAAAAAUUCACAAUUUUCAAGAAAGUCCUUCUUGGAGCCGAAUUGUGCAAUCGGAGGGAAUAAUUCAUUUAAAAUGUGAAUAUCAAUCGACAUGGAUCAUGACUGAAAAUGGCAACCUGUAUGCUUGUGGCUACCUUCCAAUUUCCGAUCCAAAUCUAAGCUCUGAAAGUUCCACAAUUGCAAAGGCCAUCAAACAACGAGUGUUCGAUCCUGUACGAUUCAAAGCUCCCUCUUCCUCACCUCUCAGCAAUUGUACCAUGAGUGCCACCUGUCGAAAAUCAUCACUCUUGGCCUGUGGAGGAUUUCACACACUGGUUGCCAAUCAUCGAAUGGAUUCUCUUAUUGGAAUUGGAGAUAACACAAGUCAUCAAAUGAGAAAUUCCGAAGAAUUUUAUGGAACCAUUCCUCACGGUGAUGCUUUUGUGGAAAAUUCCAGCAAUACCUUGUAUUUUCACAAAUCGUAUCAAACAAGUAGUACACGAAGGAAUCAAAAGUUUUGCACAUUUGAACAUCCAGAACAAUCUCCUUAUUCUUCGAAACCUCCUCAAUUUCGAUAUUACCACAUUUGUGGAGUUUAUGGAUCAAGAGAUUGUUCAGUGAUUCACUUGGAAAGAAUUGCAACAUUCACGACAAGCAUUUGGGAGGAAAUGAAGAGACACUAUGAUGAAGAAGGUAGAAAUAAUGGAGGAACACUCAGGAUGGAUGCUCAUCAUUUCUAUUUGUGUGACAUUUCUAUUCACACGAAUUAUUAA